UCACCCGAAUCGAAAUCUCUCUCUCAUCGAAAGAAAAAUCUCUCUCUGGCGAUCGAAUCUAUCGAUGGCGAUGGCGGCGCUUCGACACGCGACUAGGAGGCUCGCUUGCCAGCGACCGCCCGCGAUACAUAGGGCGGCCGUUGCGGAGCAGCCACGGCGGCUGUUGAAUGGCGGAUUGUCUGCAGUAGGCCGCAACUUUUCUCUCGCAAGGGAGCAACAGUGGAUGUUGCCGAGGCUCAACCACGGCGGUUCGCGUGCGGUUGGGCGCACAUAUUCUCGCCAAUUUUCCUCCUUCCAUCAUGAGCCUAAUCCAAGCACCUUUAUGGAGAGGGCGAAGGAAACCUUGGAGUUGUGGGACCGGACUAUGACCCUUAUUAACAGGACCUCACUUACACUCAUCAAACUUGCACUUGUUGGGUUUGUUGUGCUAGAUUGUUGUCGGUCUCAAUAUCUUCUGAUGAUAGUUCGAGUAAUGUUGGGCCUCGAGCCUCAAGAAUGGUUUCUUACAGACGACAAGGAGGAUGAGUGUCCCACAUGCGGUCACGCCUUAGGCGAACGAAGGAAUGUGUGCCACCACCAGCAGCAGCAGAGCGCGGAAGAAGAUGAUGCUGGCCGCUAGUUGUGUGGUGUGAGUUAAGUUAUUAGAAAUGAUUCUAACGGGCCGACCUAUUUGGGCAAACAUUGGUCGCCUUGCGUGAUGGCAUCUCGCUGCCUUUUUCUCCGCGUGCGCAUUGGGUUGCACUUGGAAUGUGAAAGUUCAAUGUCGGUAACUUAGAGGGCGA